AUGCUCUUCAAGCCCGUUACCCUCCUUCUCGCCGCCUCCGCCGCCUUCCUGGGCAACGUCGUCCCCGUCGAAGCCCAAGUCCCCCGCGGAACGGUCAUCCUCCGCGACUGGUUCGUCGACCUGAUCCCCACUGUCUUCCCCAACACCACCACGCACUGGGUCAAGAUCUUCGAGGAUGGGACUUUGGCCGAUGACAUUGUUUGCCAGUUCAAUACUCGUACGUUGAACAACAAGGCUGAGAUGAGGGGCUUCUGGACUGCUAUUAGCCACCAGAUUGAGGAUCGGAUCUCGCAGUAUGUCAUCCAGCCUAAGAGUGCCGUCGCCUUUGCUGCGGAUGAUAAAGGUCGCGAGGGAUGGGUCAUCGCAACCGGCGACACCUGGUUGAGGACGAAGCAAGGGAGGUACCAUGCUGGUGGAAGUGCCUCAGCCUGGGUCAGCGUCAAGUGGGAUCAUGCUAAGAAGAAGCGGGUCAUCACUGAGUGGAAGGAAGUCAACACGCCUCCGAACUACCCCAACUACCCCUGGAACUGA